UUUAAAUGGAAGAAGCGGCGAUACAUUCGCCAAAUUCAUGUCUAAAUGGUAAUGACCAAAUCAGUGAAACAGACGACAAAAAUUCUUGCGCAAAAUACAAUGACUCAGAAAAUGAACACGAGAUUCUAUAUGGAGAAUGUACGCCACAACAGGCAUCAGCAAACAGACAGAUCAACAAUUCUAUCUUUAACACUAUAUCUAAAAUUGUUAAUCCUACAGCAAAGGUACCAGAUAUUCAGGAUUUUAAAAUUAUGAAACCAAUAAGCCGUGGUGCAUUUGGUAAAGUUUUUCUUGGGCAUAAAAAGUCAAAUCCUGAGAAAGUAUAUGCUAUUAAAGUAAUGAAGAAGAAUGAGAUGAUAAAUAAGAAUAUGGCUUCGCAAGUGAUUAUUGAGAGGAAUGCAUUAGCUUUAACACGUAGUCCCUAUUGUGUAGAAUUAUUUUAUUCAUUGCAAUCUCUUAGUAGUGUUUAUUUAGUAAUGGAGUACAUGGUAGGAGGAGAUCUUAAAAGUUUGCUUGGCGUAUAUGGUUAUAUGGAAGAAUCCAUGGCAGCAUUUUAUACUGCAGAAGUAUGUCUUGCUUUGGAGUAUCUUCAUUCUCACGGGAUUGUACAUAGAGAUUUGAAACCAGAUAAUAUGCUUUUGUCAAAAGAGGGACAUGUUAAGCUGACUGAUUUUGGGCUUAGCAAAAUAUCUUUACACAGAGAUCUUGAAAUAUCAGAUUUAGUUAAUUGCACACCUAGUCUUUGUAUUAGAACUCCUGGACAACUUCUUUCAUUGACAUCACAUUUAUCUUUUGGUUCUGGUCAGAGAUCUACAAGUGAAUCUAAUCUUAGUGACAGAAGCACACCUGGCGUUAAUUUACUUUCUGCUUUACAACAAAACUGUACUAAAAUUCAAUCAUCACCGAAUUCGGUAGUUUCAUCCGCUGCAGCGUCAGAUUACUCCAGAGUAUCUGGAAUUACUCCUUUUCAAUCUGCAGAAGAUCUUCAUAUAGUGGAUCGUUUGGAGUAUAAUGUUAUUGUCGAGAAUAACAGCGAAGAACAAGAAAGUAGUUCUGGAAGUUAUCAUACAUGUGAGGCAUCCUUGGUCUGUGCAAAUAGUCAACUUAAUUACAACAUGGAAGAGGAAGAUGAAUCAACAUUAGAAGCUGAUCAAUCUCAGCAGCCACUUCCUCAUACUAGCCCUUUAAGUACAUGUAUGAGUAUGUUUACCAGAGGCGCAAAACGAAAAAGAACUACAACAGGGGUAACAACUGGUUUAACAUGUGAACUAAAUGCAAUGGACUUGGAAGUUGACAAAACACCGAAAAGAAAGAAUCGCGGCUGUAUAUUUUCUAGGAGUCCGAUUAGUUCUAAUAUCUGUGAAUCAAUAAGACAAAUGAAUAAUGCUAACGAUACAACUGCGGUACAAGAAAACGAGUCUAGUGGCAGAGUUGCAUUUAGUACACCAGUAUCAUUCGCGAAGCAGAGAUGUUAUAGCGAAGAGGAUGAGGAAAAAUGCGAGGAAGAAACAAGGCGUAUGAUUAAAACGACAAGAUUUCAACUUCCACCAGUUGUUACAUCACAUUCAGCUCCUGAGAUACCUAUAGGUAAUAGUUUGGAAAAACAUCGAUCGCCUCAAGGUAUAUCGCCUAUAAAAACACCGGCAACUUCUGGAAAUUAUUACACACCUUACAGAACUCCGAAAUCGGUGAGAAGAGGUGGUCAAGCUGGUCUCAAUCGAUCAGAUGACCGCAUACUUGGAACACCUGAUUAUCUCGCUCCAGAAUUACUCUUAAGAAAAGGUCAUGGACCUGCGGUAGAUUGGUGGGCUCUAGGGGUGUGUUUAUUUGAGUUUUGUACCGGUGUUCCGCCAUUCAACGACGAAACACCACAGGCUGUGUUCUCUAAUAUUCUCGCCAGAGACAUCCCUUGGCCAGAGGAAGAAGAAGCUUUGUCAGCAGCUGCCGUGGAAGCCAUAGAUGCACUUCUUACUUUGGAUCAAUACGAACGUCCUUCUGCGCAAGAAGUACGAGUUAUGAAAUUAUUCCAAGAUUUUCCUUGGAACGAACCACUGGAAGCGACACCACCUUUUAUACCGCAACCCGAUGAUAAUUAUGAUACAUGUUAUUUUCAAGCACGUAAUAUUAUGCAACAUUUAAACGUGAGCAAUUUGAGCAAUGUUUGA